UGACAGGGUCAAGAAACUGGUGCGCUGGCUGCCACGCUGAGCUUCGGGGGCUCCUGCACCCACGCCAGCAGCACUAACUGCCCAGCAUCAUGCCCUCCUACACAGUCACUGUGGCCACCGGCAGCCAGUGGUUCGCGGGCACCGACGACUACAUCUACCUCAGUCUCAUUGGCUCUGCGGGCUGCAGCGAGAAGCACCUGCUCGACAAGGCCUUCUACAAUGACUUCGAGCGAGGCGCGGUGGACUCCUACGACGUCACUGUGGAUGAGGAACUGGGUGAGAUCCAGCUAGUCAAAAUUGAGAAGCGCAAAUACUGGCUGCACGAUGACUGGUACCUGAAGUACAUCACACUGAAGACACCCCACGGGGACUACAUCGAGUUCCCCUGCUACCGCUGGAUCACAGGCGAAGGCGAGAUUGUCCUGAGGGAUGGACGUGCAAAGCUGGCCCGAGACGACCAAAUCCACAUUCUCAAGCAGCACAGGCGUAAAGAACUGGAAACACGGCAAAAACAGUAUCGAUGGAUGGAGUGGAACCCGGGCUUUCCAUUGAGUAUCGAUGCCAAGUGCCACAAGGAUUUACCACGGGACAUCCAGUUUGACAGUGAAAAGGGAGUGGACUUCGUUCUGAACUACUCAAAAGCGAUGGAGAACCUGUUCAUCAAUCGCUUCAUGCACAUGUUUCAGUCUUCCUGGAACGACUUUGCUGAUUUUGAGAAAAUCUUCGUCAAGAUCAGCAACACUAUUUCUGAGCGAGUCAAGAACCACUGGCAGGAGGACCUCAUGUUCGGCUACCAGUUCCUGAACGGCUGCAACCCUGUACUAAUCAAGCGCUGCACAGAGCUGCCCCAGAAGCUCCCAGUGACCACAGAGAUGGUGGAGUGCAGCCUAGAGCGGAAUCUCAGUUUAGAACAGGAAGUACAGGAAGGGAACAUUUUCAUUGUGGACUACGAGCUACUGGAUGGCAUCGAUGCCAACAAAACUGAUCCCUGCACACACCAGUUCCUAGCUGCACCCAUCUGCUUGCUAUAUAAGAACCUAGCCAACAAGAUUGUUCCCAUUGCCAUUCAGCUCAACCAAACCCCUGGAGAGGAGAACCCAAUUUUUCUCCCUUCGGAUGCCAAAUAUGACUGGCUGCUGGCCAAAAUCUGGGUGCGUUCCAGUGACUUCCACGUCCAUCAGACAAUCACCCACCUUCUGCGCACACAUCUGGUGUCCGAGGUGUUUGGUAUCGCCAUGUACCGCCACUUGCCUGCUGUGCACCCCAUUUUCAAGCUGCUGGUAGCCCAUGUGAGGUUCACCAUCGCCAUCAACACUAAGGCCCGGGAACAGCUUAUCUGCGAGUAUGGCCUUUUUGACAAGGCCAACGCCACUGGGGGUGGCGGGCACGUGCAGAUGGUGCAGAGGGCUGUCCAGGACCUGACCUAUUCCUCCCUGUGCUUCCCGGAGGCCAUCAAGGCCCGGGGCAUGGACAGCACGGAGGACAUUCCCUACUAUUUCUACCGUGAUGACGGACUGCUGGUGUGGGAGGCCAUCCAGUCGUUCACAUCUGAGGUGGUGAGCAUCUACUAUGAGAACGACCAGGUGGUGGAGGAGGAUCAGGAACUACAGGACUUUGUGAAGGAUGUUUACAUGUACGGCAUGCGGGGCACAAAAGCCUCAGGCUUCCCCAAGUCCUUGAAGAGCAGAGAGAAGUUGUCUGAGUACCUGACUGUGGUGAUCUUCACAGCCUCGGCCCAGCAUGCAGCUGUAAACUUCGGCCAGUAUGAUUGGUGUUCCUGGAUCCCCAAUGCUCCUCCAACCAUGCGGGCCCCACCGCCCACGGCCAAGGGUGUGGUGACCAUCGAGCAGAUUGUGGAUACUCUACCAGACCGUGGCCGCUCAUGUUGGCAUCUGGGCGCUGUGUGGGCACUGAGCCAGUUUCAAGAGAAUGAGCUAUACCUGGGCAUGUACCCCGAGGAGCACUUCAUCGAGAAGCCAGUGAAGGAAGCCAUGACCCGAUUCCGCAAGAACCUGGAGGCCAUCGUCAGUGUGAUCGCUGAGCGCAAUAAGAACAAAAAACUCCCCUACUACUACCUGUCACCAGACAGGAUUCCCAACAGUGUAGCCAUCUGAGCCUGGCUUUCCCUGGCCCGGCAUCUCUCUGGGAAGGCUGGUGGCUUUGCCAGCCAGACGCCAGCUUGCCUGGCAGGCUCUAGGCCAGCCUUUGGGCAGCUGGUGCCUCUUCCUUCCAGAGCUAGCAGCGCUGCUCCUGAGCCUGGCUAAUCUAGAGUGGGGGUGGGGGCUUCACAAAGCUUCAGCACGUGCUCCUGCUUCUCCUUGUCUUUGGUGGAAGUAUACAGGGUACAGGGACCUCCCACCCGCAGCAGGGCUGUGCAGCCAUGACUCACAGCCCAGCCCAGUGCUUCCACACUAAGUAGCACCAAAGUAAGCGACAUCUGUUCCGACUGGGUCAGGGCUACCUUAUUCUAUUUAU